UCAGCGGCUGCACACAAGUGGGGGAAGACACCCCACACCCUUCACUCAGGUGGGCCCUGACUGGGAAGGGGAAAGACGCUCCCCACGUUCCCCUCGCACACCAGAGCCGUAGGCGGCCCAGGCUAGUAGAUUUUGUGUGCUCCAGCCCUGGAGAAGGUUGGGGGUGGGGAGGGCUGGAGCUCCAGCCCGGCCUCCCCAAAUCUGAGGGGAACCUUGAGCCUUGGGGACCAGAUCCAGGCAAGCUGGGGGCUGGACCGUAGGUUCCCCAUCACUGCCUCUAGGGGCUGUGUAGUGUCUGAGGCAGCUGCUGGCUUCCCCUCAUUGGUUUGUGGAGCAUUGAGUUUGUGACCCCCACUAUGCUACGGGGGGUGUCACUUUCUGAGCCAGGCCAUCAGCUGUCACUGACAUUUUUUGAGCCAGUACUUAUGUCAGCUGGAUUUUUGAGGGGGUAGGUGGGUGUUCCCCUUAAAUCCUUUUUGUUUUAAGCUGGAUCUUUGUUUUCUUUUCUAAUCAGAAAUGUCAAGAAGAUUCUUUGGGAGGCAGUCUCGUGUGCGCUGACCUUUAGGCAUGGACCAGGCAUCAGACAGUGGCAAGCAUGUGUCUGAACACAGUGCAGAGGAAGGGCAGGUGCAUUUGGCUCUCCUGGCAUCUUGAUAAUUGCCAUCCAAAGCAAAGCGCUGAUGCAGCGUGGCGUAGCCCAGACUGACGUUUGCGACAAAGGCGUGUUCAGUCAUAUUAAAACUGGUUUUCUGGAGGUUGCACUGUGCACCAGGUUAUUUCACUCUGCCCUGUAGAAAUGGAGUUGCACAGCGUUCAGGCGGCAUCGUUACGGAUGGGCAGGUAUUAAAAUGUAGGGGACUGCGAAUUUUAGAGUUGUUUCUGCUCUGAGAAUCAGCCUUUCUCUGAAGAAUGCAGCAAGCUGUGAGACUGCCAGCUACAGCUAUUUCUUAGGGAUCUCUAAUUCCAAUAAUCUUUUCUUCUUCCAAUGUGCUCUUAUCUCCUUAAACAUCUGUUUGUCCUUUAAUUGAAAUCCCCAUGUAUGCACAUGCACAAAGCUUCACCAGAACUUCUCUGAACUAAUGGAAACCAUGCCAUGAGACCUGCGAAGACUUGAUAAUAGCCAUGACGGAGCCCCACAGGGUUCAGUUCACCUCUUUGCCAGGCCCGCUAAGCAACACUUUCUUGAAGAAGCCUCGUAAAGAGGAGGCUGCAGGAGCAGAGCAGCCCCAGGACUCAUCUGCAUCAGCGGUUCGCCUCACACUCACUCUCUUUGAGCCAGAUCACAAACGUUGUCCAGAAUUCUUCUACCCAGAGCUUCUAAAGAAUACUCGAGGGAAAGUGAAAGGUGUUUCCUCAGGUGACAAGAAAAAAGACCUUGGAGAUCCCUUCAAUGAUGAAGAAAAGGAAAGACACAAAAUGGAAGCUCUUACCAGGAAGUUUGAAGAGAAAUAUGGUGGCAAGAAACGCAGGAAGGACCGCAUGCAAGACUUGAUUGAUAUGGGGUAUGGGUACGACGAAUCUGAUUCCUUCAUUGAUAAUUCUGAAGCGUAUGACGAGCUUGUUCCAGCUUCUCUAACUACAAAGCUUGGAGGCUUUUACAUCAACUCAGGAACGCUGCAGUUCCGACAGGCAUCCGAAUCAGAGGAUGACUUUAUCAAAGAGAAAAAGAAGAAGUCUCCCAAGAAGCGGAAGUUGAAAGAAGGAGGUGAAAAGAUGAAGAAGAAGAAGAAAGAUGACUCCUACGACAAGGAAAAAAAAUCGAAAAAAUCCAAGUUCCCCAAAGCUGGUUUCACAGCUUUGAAUGCCAGUAAGGAGAAGAAGAAGAAGAAAUAUUCUGGUGCUUUGAGUGUCAAAGAAAUGCUGAAGAAAUUCCAGAAGGAGAAGGAAGCUCAGAAGAAGAAGGAUGAAGAACAGAGGAUGGUGAAACCCUCACCAGCAGAAGCUCCAGCCGUGCGGGAAGUGGAGACUAUGUCUGAUCCUUUGCUGUCGCUCUUUGGCCAUGCCAGUGACAGUGACUUGCUUCAGGCUGCCACUGCGAUGGACUCCCUGACUGAUCUAGAUCUGGAGCAUCUCUUCAAUGAAUCUCCAGAUGGGAGUCCUUUCAAUGACAUGGAAGAUGGGAGUGACCCUCCUGGGAUGGGUAUGGAACAGGAGUUCAAACAGCCUCCAUCCCUCCCAGAAGGAGUACCAGCCACUCUUGAGAAACGCAUCAAGGAACUGACUCAGGCUGCCAGAGCUGCAGAAGGAGAAGGCAAACAGAGGUUCUUCACCCAGGAUAUUAAUAACAUCAUAUUGGACAUAGAGCUGCAGACCCGUGAGCUGAAUAGCCAGAUCCGAUCUGGGGUGUAUGCUCACCUGGCCUCCUUCCUUCCUUGCAGCAAAGACACACUGGUCAAGCGUGCCCGCAGGCUUUAUCUCUACGAACAGGGUGGCCGUCUGAAGGAACCUCUCCAGAAGCUAAAGGAAGCCAUUGGCCGGGCAAUGCCAGAACAGAUGAUUAAAUAUCAGGAGGAGUGUCAAGCGCAUACCCAAGCCAAGUUUGCUAAGAUGCUGGAAGAGGAAAAGGAUAAGGAGCAGAGAGACCGUGUGUGCUCUGAUGAGGAAGAUGAUGAAGAGAAGGGAGGGAAGCGGAUCAUGGGACCUCGGAAGAAAUUUCAGUGGAAUGAUGAAAUCAGGGAGCUGCUUUGCCACGUGGUGAAGAUUAAACUGGAUGGCUAUGAGCUAGAGAAGAACAAGGCUCAGUCUCUGGAGGAUUAUGUGAAAACCUUUCUCGAUGCAGAGGUCAAACCCCUCUGGCCAAAGGGCUGGAUGCAGGCCAGGACUCUGUUCAAGGAGAGCAGGCGUGUGCAUGGACACCUGACAUCAAUUCUGUCCAAGAAGAAAGUUAUGGCUCCUCCAAAAGUGAAGGUGAAAGAAUCCUCUAGCAAGCCAGAUAAGAAGAUGCCAGUUCCUGUCCCACUGAUCCAUGCAAGUGGCACGGUUUCUCUGCCGUCAGAGCCCCAGGGAGUGGCUAUUGGCAUCAGCUCCCAGACUAGAGAACUCUUGUGUCUCAGCGUUGCUCAAGCAUCUAGCAGCACUACCACCCCUGCUGCCUUCAGUAUGGAUGACUCCCUGGAUGAGGACUUAAUUCGUAACCCAACCUCCUCCCUGGAGGCUGUGUCUAAGGAAUUGGCUGUGCUUAACAGCCGAGCCUGCGGGAGCCCGGACUUCACUCUCCCCGGACCCCCAAAGCCUUCUGCAGAGAAGAUCUCGAAUCUUGCAACUUCAGAGGAGAAACGGAACUUUGCCAAGUCUAGUUCUUCUCCUACCCCGCCCCCUGCUGGUCCUCUACAAUCCCCUCUCAAUUUCCUGGCUGAGCAGGCCCUGGCAUUGGGCCAGUCCGCUCAAGACAAAAAGGCAGAGAGUUACAAAGAGCUGUCCUGCCAAGUCUCCCCCAAUAAAAUCCUCCCUGAUGCACACCAGUCCAAACAGAAGCACCACAGCCUGCAGCGAACGAGUCACGGGCCCCAGACAUCCACUCCCUUGCCCGUUGCCCAAGUGAAAGUCUUUCACUCAAGCAGCCAGCAGCAGAAAAGCUUCAUGUCCUCAACCCCUUUUGUCAAACUGCAGAGCCCCAAGUCCAGCCCCAAGUCCGUCUCCCCUGUGCCGCCGCGCUCCCUCCUCCAGCCAGUCAAGCCAUCGACCAAAGCUCAGGGCUUCCAUUCCUCGGCUUCCUCUUCUGCGGGCAGCACUCCAGCCUCCAGCAGCUCCCACAAGAGUCCUGGCUCCUCUACAGCAUCCCUAAGCUACACAGGAAAACACUCAACCAGCUCCAGCACAUCAGGGCAGACUUACAAAUCUCCCUUCAUCCCCAGCUCCCUCUCCAAGCACGGGGCUUCCUCCAGCAGCUCCACGUCGGCAGUGUCGGCACACCAGAGCUCCUCGUCUGGGGGCUUGCUGUCAGGUGUGCAGACUCCCUCCCCAGGGCAGGCUCCCAGCCGGUCCUCCCCGAGCUCCAUGGUCAAGAAAACCCCCAUCUCCCAGAAGCUGACUCUAGUAGCGCCACCUGGUGGUCCAAAUGGAGAUUCUAGUGGCGGGACUCAGGGGGUAGCCAAGUUACUAACCUCCUCCAUAAAGCCAGCUGUGGUUAGUAGCGCCGCAUCUUCUACCUCUGUGCCGAAAGGAACCAGUGGAGCUGUGCUGUUGACCAGUUCCCCUUCCUUAAGUGUACUGUCUCCAUCCUACAAGUCCAGCAGUCCAAAGCUGCCGGGUGCCCUGAGCUCCGCCCCGCUGGGGAUUAUUGCUCCCAUCCAUUCCUUCCCUCUUCACGUCAUCUCCUUCAGCUCAGACUCCUCCCCCAAAGCAGGAGUAUCCAAGGAUGCAAUUGUCACGGGACCUGCCCCAGGAACGUUCCACCAUGGCCUCAGCCACAGUCUUCUGGCUGGCUUGCACUCCAGCCCGCACCAUGCAGCACAACUCCCACACUCUGCCCUGUCCACCCAUUUACCGCAGAGUUUGCCAGAUGCAUCUCAGCUUCAUGGCAAAGGGUCCAACGUGCAGCAGCGAAAAUUGUGACAUCUGCAUGAGGGGAAGCUAUUUCAAGCCCAGGACAAACCAAGAGGAAUGAGCCAUGAAGACUGGAUGCAGAUGGCCCGUUUUCCACCUGCUCUUUGUUUUCUUUUCCUGACAGCAGCUGGAGAAACCUGAGUUGAGUGAAGAGCUCAUUGGCACUUUUGAUCAGUGGCGUCCAGAGAGGAGCCCUGCAGGAAGCAAGCCACCUUGUGCUGCACCCUGUGAGAGAAGCACUUACAGCACUGUUUCACUGCUUACGGUGCUCGCACAACGGUGGCACUGGCAAGCACUAGAACUUGUGGGGAACCACUGCUGGGGCGUCUUUCUUUCAAAAAGUCAAGCGCCCUGGUGGAUUCCCCCCACCUGUGUCUAAAUCUGCCAAGUACCUCUGAAUUCAGUUACCUCCUUGGUUCCCCAGGAGAGAGUCUCUGAAAGGUGCUUAUUCCUGCUUUGGAUUUACUUGGAUAACUCAAGCACUGCAAGUGCAUUUCAAAGACAUGGACUCUUCUAAUUUUUCAAUUGUACUAUAAAGCAGUGCUCAAGUUAGCGGGAGAACUUAGCACUUCCUUUAUGGCGACUCUCAUGAAUCACCUGAUAGUCCCUUCUCAAGGAGGAUGAAGACUCUUAGAGAGACAUUUCUAGAUGCACUCAUGGACACUGAAACGAUUCUACAUUUGUAUUUCCUCUCAAGGGAUUUUUUGUGUGUGCUCAGUUUUCUCAUUACCAUUGAAUGCAUUGGAUCGAUUGGAACACUUCUCAGCAUGUCACAUGUAUAGGAAGACGUAAUUCCAGUGCCUUUUAUGGUGGAGCAAGAAUGGACUUAACACCCGUUUUGCCCCUUUUUUUGUGUGCGCGCCUCAGUUCUUUUUUUAAUCACUCUCUAUUUAAGAUGUAUUCUCUUUUUAUUUAAUAGACCUUUUUAUGGUUGCACAUCAAAAGCUGCACUGUCUGGAUUUAAAUAGUGACUUGGUUACUUUAAAUCCAGUACCAAAUCCAGCAAGGCCACCAGUUCUUAUCUGAGUUUGUGCAAGUGGGUUCCAGACCCUCCCCUAAAGCCAUUCUUUACUAGGGUCUUCAAAAAUGAGCUCUCUGGUGAUCUAGAUUAACAAAGGUCACGGAUACUCCAGUGAAUAUUGCUCCCCUUGAUGACUUCUGCACUAAAACCACUUACUUGUCAGAGCUACAGCAGUGGGGCUCUACUAGGAUCUGAGUGUGUAUUUUUUUUGCUUUAGCCCUGUAAGCUGAUCUCAGUCUGUCUGCGCGUCCCUUUUGACAUGCGUGCAUAAGGGGCAGUUGGUAGUUCUGAGAUUGUAAGCCCCAUUGACUUGUAGUUGUGGUGUUGUGAUCUCCUUCUUUUCAGGUCACCUUUUAACCAGGUCUAAUGUAUCUGGACUUCAGAGAUAAUAGCACCGCUCCAUAAGUUACUCAUUGGUAUGUCACGUAAAAACUUGCAGAAUUCCUUCCUGUGAUUUGGGAAGGGGGGGAGGGGUACUGAAAUCAAGUAUGCCAGCAAAUAGUAGCUCCAGUUUUCUGUAUUUUAAGUAAGACCCAAGACGCAUGUUUGGAAGUGGAACUGAUAAAGGACUUCUCAAGAUCACUUCACUGUUCAUAUUUUUUUUAAAAAUGCAGCUCAGAAUUCAAAUUUGUUUACAAAAAAGAAAAUAUUUCUAAGUUGUAGCAAAAGAGCCAAAGACAGAAUUUGCAUUAAGAUAAAGUACAGCAGUUAUCGAUGGACUCUGAACAGUGGAUGUUGCAUGGUUCCUAUUUCGGGCCUGAUCCCGAAAGGUGCUGGGCACCUUCAACUUCCACUGAUGCCAGUGGCAGCUGAAAGGGCAGUCCAACACCUGGCAGGAUCCCAGCCCUUAAUGGGCAACGCAAGGUACUGGUUCCACUCCCUCUCUUUGCUUUCACUUCGGUGUUUCUGCUGGGAUGCACCUUCGCAUGUCGCAGCUGGAACGGAAUGCCCUUGUUUUAGGAGUUUAGCGAAGCCUCUUGCCUCAGGGAAUUGUGUAUUCGGUGGAAAUUCUGUGGGAUUUUUUUUUCUUUACAUGAUGUAAUGAACGAGUGAAUGAAUUAAAUGGCCGUGGCAAGGCAGAAGUAUGGAAUGAGAUCACAAGCCGUGGGGAGCAGAACAUCUGGGAUCUCUGCCUUGACUAGGCAACCUUUGCUAUUUUCUUUAAGGUGGGGGCCGAGCCUCCCACCGGCACUUACUAAGUAUGGCAGUUUCUGUUGUGUGUACGAGCUGCAAUUGGCUUUAUUUUUGUUGUGAGUGUGGGACUUUCUAGAGGACAAUGAUGGGGAUGGUAUGAAAACUGUCCAUCUUGUACAGAGCAACUGAAUAAAUUGUUUCAAAGUUUCCAAAAUGCUCUUUUCAGUCUCUUGGCUUCAUUUCCAAUGUAAUUUAACUGGAAAAUCAUCUUAGUGACUGUAUUGCUGCCCCGGUCAGUCACUGGCUGACUAAUUAGUCUGCAUUUUGGUGGAUGCUUUGUAAAUGACCGCAUCUUCUUGAAAUACAGCUCUGACUCUUAAAU